AAGCUAGAAGCAAGUAUCGAUAUUGUUUUUUUCAGCACAACAUGGGCUAUUUGAAUAUGUAUGCUGCAGUGAUGUCACAUGACAUAAAAAGUUAUAAAACCAAGAAGUCAAAAGAAAAAGUAAAAUGGAAUUUGAAUUUCUCAACAUUUUAUCAAUGUUCCUAAAAGUACCUAGAAGUCUGAAAAUCUGCAGCAAGUACUGCAAACACAUGUUUUGUGUUAACUAAAUAUACAUAUUUUUAGUUCAAAUUGUUCCCAGUUCUUGAAUGGAAAUAAAUGUUUCCUCUGGUGUAGUGGCUGUGUUUUACAUUCAUAUGCAUUUCAGAUGACAGAGAGGAAAAUACAGUUGACACUCUCGUCAGCUGCCUGUUUGAAUGUUAGUGUUGCACCUUUCCAAAGCUGCCUGCAUGUGAUGUAUUUCAUGGAUGCAGUGCCAUAAAAGACCAGAGAGAGGGGCUCAUUCAUAGCAAACAUUGGCAAGUUGCAGCAUAUGUUUCUUAUCCCAACUGGGAUAAAUAGGAUGAGCCAGUGCAUGAAAUGAUUUGUUGUAGUUGCUCUGGUGCCAGAUGAGUAAAAAACUUAAAACAAUAUGAACAUUUUUUUAAACUGAAUUUCUAUAAUGCCACAGCUGUAACAACAAAGGGAAAAGGCUUUAUUUUGACUGCAUGUACAAAUAGACUAUGCAGAGUAAAUCAAGAUGAUUCUAAAUGUGUUAAGUAAUAAAUAUCUGCAUAAAUAUCACAUACUGUCAAUGGGUACUUAAAAACAUACAUUCUGGUUACAUUCUUGGUCUUACCCUAUCCUAUAGUGAUAUAGUUAUACCAGAGAAUAUAUUCAUGUUUGAUAUUUGUUUACAUUAUUUUUCUUAAUCAUCAGCAAAUGUCAAAUAAGACCCAAUAUAUAUCAAUUAAAAUCAGAACUGACACAUGACUUAAUUAUUAGUAACCCUGGUGCAAGAGAAAAAUCAAACCUUUAGAGGUCCAAAUGUCAUAGUUUAAAUAUUUUGAGGUUGUGUAACCAACCAUUGCAAAUAAAAAACAAUUUUAAAAAAUGGCUAAAAGUGCACAAAAGCGUAAAGGACAGUCAUCCCGACAUAUAAAUGAAUUUAGCUAGUUUGAAUCCCGUGACCACUAGGGGCCCCCAAUAAGGAAAUUACACAUAAAUUCCUUUAUUCUUUUGACAUUCAUUUUUGUUUUUUGCAUUUAUUUAUUUCUUUUUAUUCUGUACAACUAUAAUUUGCAGCUCCUCAAGUUUCCAUGUACAGCUAAUAUACUUGUACAGUGUGGAGGUAAAUGAGGGAAGUUACACUUAGGGCCCCAAAAACAUGCUUGUUCCGGCCCUGACAUAUAGAAUCUUUUUGAAUGAAAAGCACACAAAUAAUGCCUGUUUUGCUGAUUCUGUGAUCAGUGACCCCCGGGGUCACUAGCACACUGUGGUGUUUUGAUCAAUAGUGAUGAACUUGUGAAAACUGGACAACAAUAACUCAUCAUCACACUGCUGCGUUGCUAUACAUAACGAGAUUUGUGUUAUAAAACCUAUUCGGAUGACAAUACUUUAUGCUGUGCCAUCACACAGCUACUUAAUAUAAAAGGACAGCGGCACAGAGAGCAUCUACUGAGCAUCAGUGUGGCCCCCACUAAAAGAACAAUGGGAAAGAUCAUAUUCUAUGAGGACAGAAAUUUCCAAGGUCGGCACCAUGAGUGCAUUAGCGACUGCACUGACCUGCUCCCCUACUUCAACCGCUGCAACUCCAUCAAGGUGGAGAGCGGCUGUUUCAUGGUGUACGAGAGACCUCACUACAUGGGCCACCAGUUCUUCCUCCGCAGAGGAGAAUACUCAGACAACCAGCGCAUGAUUGGCAUCACUGAAAGCAUCCGUUCCUGCCGUCUGAUUCCUAUGAACCGUGGCACCUUCAAGAUCAGGCUGUAUGAGCAUCCAGACAUGAGCGGCCAAAUGCAGGAAGUGAGUGACGAUUGCCCCAACAUCCAGGACCGCCUGCGUAUGUCUGACAUCAACUCGUGCAUUGUGGUUGAUGGCCACUGGCUGCUGUACGACCAGCCCAACUACAGGGGCAGAAACUACUACCUGAGACCUGGCGAAUACCGCAGAUACAGCGACUGGGGUGGCGCCAGUCCAAGGAUCGGCUCACUCAGGCGAAUCACUGACCUCAACUAGAAGUCUUUUGAACCUUCUUCCUCUCUUUGUUCUCAAUAAACAUGCUGGGCUUUAACUGUGUGUGUUUCUGUAUCCAAAACAUUUUAAUAUAGUAUGUUGCCAUCAUGAAUUUGUUCUUUAACUCAUCUUCGAGUGUCUUUGAGUAAAAUGUGAAAUAAUAAUAUUAUUGCUUACAAUAAUUGUCUGGUCAAUUUUGUAACCCAUACUUCUUCCUCUACUUAAAAACUUAAACCAUGAGACCUAAACUUGCACCAAAGCAAACCUUUCAACCUGUUGAACCCCUCAAACCAAAGAGCCUCAAGACAACAAAAAAGCAGGACAGUGUUAUUUGGGUAGUUUUAUUGACAAUA